UUUAAAAUGGCGGAGGGCUGGCCCGUUCCUCCGGCCCUUGUUGUCGUGCUGCUGAGUUUGAGUGCCCGGGCUCUGGCGUCUUGUCCGGCUCCGUGCUCGUGCUCAACGGGGCAAGAUGAGGCCCGUGUCCUGGACUGCAACCGGAAAAGGCUUUCGACGGCUCCCGUGGACACACCGGAGGAGAUAACCCAAGUCACCAUGAAUCACAACGAACUGACCGUCGUCCCCUUCCUUGGAGAUGUGUCCUCAAAUAUCACCUCGCUUUCACUGGUUCACAAUCGGAUCUCGGAACUUUUGAUGCAUCAGCUGCUGCCGUAUAUUUCCUUGGAGUCACUGGACCUGACAUCCAACUCAAUCUCAGAGCUCAAAGUCGGAUCUUUCCCCUUCAUGCAGCUGAAAUAUCUGAAUUUGAGUAAUAACAAGAUCAGCGUCCUCGAGCCGGGCUGCUUCGAAAACAUGUCCAGCUCCCUGCUGGUGCUGAAGCUGAACAGGAACCGACUCGCUGCGCUGCCACCUAAAGCCUUCAGACUGCCACAGCUUCAGUUCCUUGAAAUGAAGCGCAACAAGAUCAAGAUCGUGGACAGCCUGACGUUCAAAGGGAUGGAAUCGCUGAGGUCUCUGAAGAUGCAGAGGAACGGCAUCACGAAGCUCAUGGACGGAGCCUUUUUUGGGCUUAAUAACAUUGAAGAACUAGAGCUGGAGCACAACAACCUAACGGAGGUCAACAAAGGCUGGCUGUAUGGGCUGCGCAUGCUGCGCGUCCUGCGGGUCGGCCAGAAUGCCGUCGGCCUCAUCCGACCAGACGCCUGGGAGUUCUGCCAAAAGCUGGAGGAACUAGACUUGUCCUUCAAUCACCUGACGAGACUGGAGGAGACGGCGUUCGUAGGGCUGGGUCUCCUGGAGAGCCUGCUCCUCGGAGAAAACUCCAUCAGCCACUUGGGAGAGGGAGUGUUCAGUGGCCUGGCAAGUCUGCGCACCCUAGAUAUCCGCAAUAAUGGAAUCUCCUGGGCCAUCGAAGACUCCAUUGGUUUGUUUGGAGGAAUGAAGAAGCUGAACACACUAAUCAUACAGCGGAACAAAAUCAAGUCGAUCACUAAGAAAGCGUUUGAGGGUCUGGAGGAGCUGGAGCACCUGGACCUCAGCAAGAAUGGCAUCAUGUCGAUCCACCCCGAGGCGUUGUCCCACAUGAAGCUCAAAGAGUUCAUCCUGAACACGAGCAGCCUGCUGUGCGACUGCCACAUGCAGUGGCUCGGGCCCUGGCUGACCCACAGCCGGUUCCAGCGCUCGGUGUCGGCGGUCUGCGCUCAUCCUGCCAGCCUGCUCGGCCACAACGUCCUGUCCGUCGGCCCGGAGGAGUUUGUCUGUGAUGAUUUCCCCAAGCCUCGGAUCACGAGCCACCCGGAGACGUCCGUGGCCAUGCGGGGCAACAACGUGACGCUGAGCUGCGUCGCGUCCAGCAGCAGCGACUCGCCGAUGGCCACGGCCUGGCGGAAGGACGGGGAGGUGCUUUACGACGCGGAGGUGCAGAACUACGCCCAGUACCAGGACGGAGAGCUGAUCUACACCACCGUGCUGCACCUCCUCAACGCCAACUUCACCGACGAGGGCCGGUACCAGUGCGUGGUCUCCAAUCACUUCGGCUCCGACUACUCCGACAGGGCCACGCUCACUGUGAACGAGCUGCCAUCAUUUCUUAAAACCCCCAUGGAUCUUACCAUCCGAACCGGGACCAUGGCCCGGCUGGAGUGCGCCGCCGAAGGCCACCCGUCGCCGCAGAUCGCGUGGCAGAAGGACGGCGGCACCGACUUCCCGGCCGCCCGGGAGCGCAGGAUGCACGUGAUGCCGGACGACGACAUCUUCUUCAUCGCCAACGUGAAGACGGAGGACAUGGGCGUGUACAGCUGCACGGCUCAAAACGCAGCCGGCAGCCUGUCUGCGAACGCCACGCUCACCGUCCUGGAAACUCCGUCCUUCAUGCGGCCGCUGGAAGACAGAACGGUGGCGCGCGGCGAGACCGCCGUGCUCCAGUGCAUCGCCGGCGGCAGCCCGGCCCCCCGCCUCAACUGGACCAAAGACGACGGGCCUCUGCUCCUCACCGAGCGCCACUUCUUCGCCGCGGCCAACCAGCUCCUCAUCAUCGUCGACGCCGGUCCCGCCGACGCCGGGAAGUACACCUGCAUCAUGUCCAACACUCUGGGAACGGAGCGCGGCCACAUCUACCUGGGCGUCUCGCCGUCGCCCAACUGCGACAUCGGCAUGGGGUACGACCAGGACGGCUGGACCACCGUGGGCAUCGUGGUGAUUGUGGUGGUGUGCUGUGUGGUCGGAACCUCGCUGGUCUGGGUCAUCGUCAUCUAUCACAUGCGCAGGAGAAGCGAGGACUACAGCAUCGGCAACACAGAUGAGAUGAAUCUGCCAGCAGACAUCCCGAGCUACCUUUCCUCUCAGGGCACGCUGUCGGAGCCUCAGGAAGGCUACAGCAACUCUGAGGCCGGCAGCCACCAGCAGCUCAUGCCCCCCCUCUCCAACGGAUACGUCCACAAGGGCACCGAUGGUGCGUGUUAUGGAGACGCGGCAAACGAGGGGGAAGCUGAAGGCAGCGGCAUGCUGCACCGCCGGGUCAGCUCUCUGUUCACCGGCCGGAGCAGCUUCCACCCCGGAGAGGCCCGCGAGGGGACGUCUGGACUCGCCACAGGUGGCGGUCCGGCUCCGCUGGUCGUCUGCGCCGACUGCUACGACAACGCCAGCAUGUACUCCCGCACGAUGAACUACUGCCCCUACGCCUAUCUGGGCGACGACGGCCCGCUGGACAAGACUCUGCCGGAGCCGCCGGAGGACUUCAGCGAGCCGCCGGCGGCCCAGAGCGAGGAUGCGGCGCUGGAGAGCCUCAUGAGCAACCUGGACGACUCGUCCGACUUCCUCACCUCGCAGCGCAUGAGGCUGAACGGCCACGCCCCCCCGGGGCACUACGCGAACGAGUACCUCAUCAGGUCCUUCUGGGCGGACGGAACCGGCCCGCCGCCGCUCCCCACGGCGCUGCAGAGGGCGCCGCCUCUGAUUUCCGCCGAGGAUCGCAGCGACGCGGAGGAGGACUGUUACCCCAGCCAAUGCACGCAUGAAUACAGAAGCGCCCCCAACAGGACUAACCCUCAGGACCGCCACGCCCCCCCCACAUAGGUCCUUCCACUGCACCCCCACCGGCUGCCUCCGACUCCCCUCCCACUAGCCCCGCCCCCUUCAGCCACUACCUCCAAAGAGACUCCUCGCAGUCUGCCAAAGAUGCUCUCUCGUAUGUUUACAUUCCACCGUCUCACCCGAGAGGACGUGCGGGCGUUCUCCACCGCGGAGAGGCCGCUGUCCCGGACCGGAGGAACCGGGCGCGGGAUUCGAUUUACCUCCACCUCCGCAGGACCCUUUUUUUCCCUCUACUUUCUCCCUCGUCCUCUUCCUCUAGAGAAAAGCUAUGAAUGUAUGCUUCAAAGAGCCAUGUCGGAUGCUGCCGCGAGAACGCCAAGACGCGGCAGAGUCUUUACCACCUCCCUCCUCUUCAUCCUCCUCCUCCUCCUCCGUCCCCGCUGCUGGCAGUUCUGUCUCAUCAUUCCCGGUACGGACUCCUGUCGGAGCGGCUCGCACGGCGAGAAAUGACAAAAGCCGCCGAUUCCCGAGAAGGGGCGGCGUGAACGGGCGCCGCGUGUCGUUCCCCGACCAGCAGCUUGUGGUUGUAAAUACGAGAACAUUGAAAACAUGCGCCCUACAUUCCCACAGCCGGACUCGAGCGACGCUGUGUUGUUAUAUAUAUAUAUAUAUGAACAUGUAGCCUGUAUCAUCUUUAUCCGACCUUGUUUUUGUCUCAUGUCCGUUGAUAAUUCCUUCAUUUCAUGUCUUUUGUAAAUGAAAGCGUAAACAUUUUUUUUUUGCACGUGACGAUCGUGGUUUUGCUUUUCUAGAAGUCGUCUAUCGGACGGCAUUUUUAACAUUUAACACGCCUUCUCGGUGACCUCAGUCGGGUGACAUUAAGGCGCGCGUGUGUAUGUAUGUGUGUGUAUAUGUGCACAGUAUGCACUGAUUGCCCCCCCCCCCCCUCUUAUCAUGUCUGAUUGAUUUAAUGGUGGUAAACUUCAUAAUGCAGCGUGCGUGUCGUUUUACCAGCACGGUUUUAUCUCGAGACGUUCCCGAUCCUUCUGUUUUAGCCCAGGUUCUCACGUGGGACUGUGAAACAAUGAGAAUGUAUUGUAUUAUAUCUAUGUGUACAUAAGGCUGGUAAAUCUAUCCAAUUCCAUGUCCGACCAGUCCGGCUUACCCGUUUGUUCAGGUGACCAGACGCCUCUCCGGGUCAUUUAGCUCCUGACCCGAGGGACGGUAAACAAGUUUCAGCCAACUGUAAGUCCUUCGCUAUGACGAUUUGAACAUUUAAAUGCCUCUCGUGUAAAAGUGUCCUUGUUUAAUCGAGUCCGAUGAGAUUUUAUUCAACUUUUUUUUUAUUCCUCUUGAUUAUUUUGGUUUUGACCCAAGCGAACACUCAGCUGCUGGUUUAUCCGGCUCACCGGGGGUUCUGGAGGAUGUAGUUUGUGGCGCUUCAAUGAUGUUGGCACCCAACACCGAUCACGCCUGCGAGGGGGGGAAACCCCUUCCUCACGUGGGUCGACCCAAACCUUCAAGGAGGUUGGAUUCUUUUCAGGACUGUGGCCUUUAGUUUUAGCUCGGGUUUGGAGAGGGGUACCUCAUAAACGGGCCGAGAGCGAAUGUUUGUUUUCGUCAUUGUCCCCUCCGUUGUGGUGAUCCUCGGUACUGCUACAUUCUGCUCUUUUUGUUUUGGACCAAGCGAAGAUUUGCUCCUUUUUCGUCUCGCGAGCGCCGGAGCUGAUUGAGCUCAGUAACGAUGAAACGUGAAUUCUUUUGAGAGUAAAUGUGUGGCGGCUAAAGUCGCAAGAUGUAGCCUGUAAAUACAAGUUAUUGCUGCGUUGUGUCACUGCUGCUCAAAGCGGCCUCCGUGUAUGCUUGGUCUCGUGGUACGUGCACAUAUGAAUUGCAGAAGGAAACUGAUUUGUAGUUUUCUUGAUUAUGACUGUUGGCCCAUUUCAUCACUCCCUUUUGCGCGAUUUUGAGAAAUUAAUUUAAGAAUUUGCAGUGACAAGUCAUCCUAAUUGAGCCGCCCCGUCGUGGGGCUGGCGUACAUCGAUUCACUGUUCAAUAUUUUCCGCCGACUCGGCGAAAUAUAAUGUGCAUCAGCAUUGUUUUCCCCUCCGAAUGUCCUUAAUGAGACUUUAUACCAAAAGUUAAGCGGUAAAUGCUCUGGUAAUAUCCAAUGCUGCUUAAAUUUUUUGUUUUGUUUUGUAUUGUUGUUUUUGCAAAUUUGUCUGUAGUUGUAUUUUCUAUUUUUUUUUAUUUUUUACCUUGUUUACCUGUACGUCCUGUAAAGCAUGUCUAAAGAAUCCUUUUUUGUUACGGAGCCAUUACUCCGACAUUAAACAUGAAUUCUGAUAA